UGUGACUUCAGUUCUUACUGUUGAUUUCAAGAUGACUCAAGCAGUGAUAUGUGAACUUGUUCAUACGUUUACAACCUAUUUCACUCGACUGAGGACGCUUUCACUUGAAUUUUGUCAUAUGGGGAUGGAUCUUCAUUUUCUUGAUCAUGCUUUACCAAAGUUCAACAAUCUCAAAGUGCUUGUGUUGAAACUCUCAGGCAUGGAAGAUGUUUCCCUACUUGGUAUUACUCCACUAAUAGAAGCAUCUCCAUAUUUACAAAAACUGCAUAUUGAGCUUGAGUGGGCUAAAACGAUGAUCUCCAAAAAAAAGGUUAUACGGAAAAAGUGUCCCCAUCAACAUCUCAAAGAAGUCAAAUAUAGUGGUUACCUUGGUGGUUUUGCUGACAGGGUACUUACAACUUACCUUACUAGAAAUAGUGUCGCGCUUGACACAUUAAUUAUUGAUCCUUACGAAUAUGAUGCUCAAGAAGCAAGAGUUCGGGCUCGACGACAUCUACAAGGAAAAAUUCCCAAACGAGUCAAGCUAGUGAUCCUUUAGGGGGUUGUUGAGUUGUUGAUUAGAGUUGUAAAUAUUAGUAAUAUAGGGAUUUUAAAAAAAAAAUGGAUAUAGGGAUUAGUUAUGAAGAAAUCAAUAUGUUAUUUUAUUCAG